AUGGGUGGUCUCAAUUCUGCUGAGAAGGAAAAGAUCAAGCAUGCUCUACCUAAGGCAGCAAAUAAAAUUAUAGAUGUGGCAGUUGCACGAUUGUACAUUGCAUAUCCAGACCCGGAAAAGUGGGUUUAUACUGGACUUUCUGGAGCCAUUGUUCUAGUGGACGAUAUUGUUGGUAAUACGUUUUUCUUGAAGCUUGUAGAUAUCCAUGGCCAUGGUGGUGUCCUUUGGGACCAGGAGUUGUAUGUCAACUUCCAGUACAAUCAAGAUAGGACUUUCUUCCACACUUUUGAGCUAGAGAAGUGCUAUGCUGGCUUGUUAUUUACAGAUACGAACGAGGCAUCCCAUUUCUUGAAGAGAGUGCAGAAAAGGGAGAAGUAUGGUUCGAAGAAAACGCUUGCAAACAAGAAUGCAAUUGCGCUGGAGGAUCAAAUUAAAAAGGAGGAAAAGGCCAACGUUAUCCAUGGACCUAGGGGCGAGUCUCUAAUUAGUGAUCAGAGAACUCGAUACAGAUAUGAGCCAGAUAAGUUUACCUCUAAGAGUAACAGUAACAAUGGUAGUCGUGAUUAUGAAAACGAUAAUGACGAUGAGGAAGAUGAAGAGAGUUAUUCCGAAUCAAGUGUCUCUGCAGCACCAUCAUAUAUUUCCAAGAAGCCUCCUCCACCUCCAGUUGAAAAGCAUAGAACAAUUCCCUCGUACACUUAUGAAAAUAUUCCAUCUGCUCCGGAAGCGUCGCCUCCUCCGGCUCCACCUGCUGCAGCCCCUCCAACCCCAAGUGCUCAGGCACCAGCUCCACCAGCUCCACCAGCUCCCCCAGCUCCCCCAGCUCCCCCAGCUUCUAGCGCUCCGGCUCCUCCAGCUUUCGGUAUGUCAAGACAAGCCUCCACUACAGAUUCAGCCUCGCCUGCAGCUAAUUCUCCAAUGACGAAUCAUCAUCAAGUCCAUUCAGUUCCUCCACCUUUGCCUCCAGAUCAAUACAAACCUCUGGAACAACCCCAACAGCAACAACAGUUCCAGAAUAAUGUCCCACCGGCCAGAGGUUAUCCCACACAACAAAAUAAUGGAUACAAUAAUAAUGUCAAUCAGCACCCAUUCGGAGUUCCACCGCCACCUCCACCACCAGGAGGGGGUCCAGGUGCCCUGCCUCCUAGAAACAAUAACAACAUGAUACCUGGUAGGCGUGGACCGGUGCCUCCUCCACCUCCAAGAAGAGCAGGUGCCUCAGCUGUGGCUGGGAGGGGAGCAGUCCCACCACCACCACCACCACCUGCUGGAGGUUCCAUUGGAAGUCAAAAUAAUCGUGCUGGUAGAGGCCCUCCUCCACCACCUCCUCCUAGACGUGGCCCAGCACCGCCUCCUCCUCCAAGUAGAGGACCUUCGCAUUCCACCUCUCCAUAUUCACAUCCACUUCCACCUAAUCAACCAUCACCUUCACCAAUUCCUCAGCAACAGCAACAUGCUUAUCCUCCACCACCUCCUCCUCAUCAGCAACAACAUCAAGCUUAUGCUCCUCCUCAACCUCAACAGCAAGCGUAUGCUCCUCCUCCUCCUCCUCCUCCUCCUCAACCUCAACAGCAAUAUCCAUACCAACAGCAACAGCAACAGCAACAGCAAGCUUAUGCUCCUCCACCACCUCCACCUCCUCAACAACAGCCUCAAAGUCAAUCAUACGACAGAGCAGCACAUGCUCUCCCACCUCAGCCAGCUAACAAUGCCCCAGCAGCUCCACCACCACCACCUAUGUUUUCGCAACCUCAGCAAGCUAAUACAUCUGGCGCUCCUCCACCACCACCUCCUCCUCCACAAAUGAAUGGAGCUGCACCUCCAGCACCUCCUCCACCUGCAUUUAACCAACAGCAGCAGCAGCAAUCUUCAAAUUUUGUUGAAACAACUGGCGACUCCGGAAGAGAUGCAUUAUUGGCAUCAAUUCGUGGUGCAGGUGGUGUUCAUGCUCUCCGGAAAGUUGAUAAAUCACAGCUUGAAAAGCCUAGUCCUUUAUUACAGAAGAACGGUGGUGAUAUCGGUGGUAGUUCAGCUCCAGCACAAUAUCCUGCAGGAGCAGGGUCAGCGCCUCAACCAGGUGCUCAAGCCGGUGCACCUGCAUCACUAGCAGAUGCACUUGCAGCAGCUCUAAACCAAAGAAAAAAUAAAGUUGGACGUGGAGAGGAUGACUCUGAUAAAGAUGAUUGGUGA